AUGGCAUUUAGAAAGUAUGAAUCUGGUGCCCAAAAGCAUAAGAAAAAAGAAAGAGAACAAGGUUUGAUUCAAUCUCAUAAGUGGCCUAUGGAUAGGUUUAUUGUAAAAGAAACACAAGUGUCCUCAACCUCGGUUAAUCAGUCCGUUGAUCCUUCUAUCCUUACAAUUGAUAAUAAUGGCCCUGCUUGCACUGAUCCUAGAGAUGGCCAGACAGAAAUAAUAGAAGAUAAUGAUGAGGCAGAGGAAGUUCAUAUUGAUGAUAACUUGAAUACUUCACAUGCUGCGGAUGUUAAUGAUUCUUUUCAGCCUGAUAUAUUUGAUCCAAGAUAUUGGGAUUCUCUUGAUCCUAAGCAGAUUGACAUUUUAGUACAGAAGGGCCCAAAAAGAGACUUAUCAAUUAAGAAAGGUCCUAAGGAUAAUUAUUCUAGAAGGUCUUCUGCACCAUUCUAUACAAGAUUUCUAUCAAAUGGUGAGCAAUGUGAUAGGGAUUGGCUUGUCUAUUCUAAGGAACUCAAUAGAGUCUUUUGGGGAUUAGGGAAGGUCACUGAGAUUGAGAAGUAG